CCUAACUAACUAGCCUAGCGUUAAUUCUGUUCCCUGUGUGACUGUAGAGGAAAGUGGAAGCGCCGUGGAAACAGCAAUCCGCGAUAUGUUUUCAUGACAAUCAGUGAGACACAGCAAGACAAAAGCAGCCUCAUAUCGUGAUAAUGAUACGAACUGUAAAGAGCGGUUCGAGCUGUGUAGCGCUGCUCGCUAGAUGCACAAGGAGGACCCCGAAGUUCAUUGCUGUCAGACAUAAACACAGCUCGUACGAUGUGGCCAUCGUGGGAGGCGGCGUUGUGGGCCUGGCCACGGCGAGAGAGCUCAUCCUGAGACACCCCUCGCUGAGCUUCAUUCUGCUGGAGAAGGAGAAAGAACUCGCUCUCCACCAGAGUGGACACAAUAGUGGUGUAAUCCACAGUGGGAUCUACUAUACUCCGGGGUCUCUGAAGGCCCGGCUGUGUGUGCGGGGAGCCACGCUGGCCUACGACUACUGUGAGAAGAAGGGCAUCCCCUACAGGAGGUGUGGCAAGCUCAUUGUUGCAGUGGAGCGGGAGGAGAUUCCAAGACUGAAGGCACUCUAUGAACGCGGCCAGAAGAACAACGUGCGUGACCUCAGCAUUGUCGAUGCUAAAGGGAUCCGGGAACGAGAACCUUAUUGCAGGGGUCUCAUGGCUCUUGACUCGCCCUACACUGGCAUUGUGGACUGGCGUCUAGUUUCACUCACAUAUGGAAAGGACUUCCAGGAAGCAGGCGGCACUGUGGUCACAGAGUUCGAAGCCAGUGACAUCGCUGGAGUGACAGAGAGCCCUGCUGGCAGUGCUGAUGGAAUGAAAUUUCCUAUAGCAAUCAGAAGUUCAAAGGGGGAAGAGGUGCGCUGUCGCUAUGUACUUACCUGCGGAGGCCUGUACUCUGACCGCUUGUCACAAAUCUCGGGGUGCAGUCCUGAACCUCGUAUCGUCCCCUUCCGAGGAGACUACCUGGUCCUGAAGCCGGAGAAACACUACCUUGUAAAGGGCAACAUCUACCCUGUCCCUGACCCUCAUUUCCCCUUUCUCGGGGUUCACUUCACCCCUCGAAUGGAUGGGAGUGUGUGGCUGGGACCCAACGCUGUCCUGGCCUUCAAACGUGAGGGCUACCAGGUGUAUGACUUUGACACCAGGGACUUUGUAGAUGCAUUGUCCUUCAGGGGUCUUCAGAAGCUGGUGAUGAAGAAUAUUGUUUACGGAGUUGGGGAGAUGUACAGAGGAGUCUUCAUUAGUGCCCAGGUGAAAAUCCUGCAAAAGUACAUCCCAGAGCUGUCUCUCAGUGAUGUACUCAGGGGUCCCGCGGGGGUGAGAGCGCAAGCUCUAGACCGCGGCGGCAACCUGGUGGAUGACUUUGUGUUUGACGGAGGUGUGGGAGAUGUGGGCAGCCGAGUCCUUCACGUGCGAAACGCCCCCUCUCCUGCAGCCACCUCCUCCCUGGCCAUCGCAGAGAUGAUCGCUGAUGAGGUGGAGAGCCGAUUCUCUCUAUAGAGAUGCCCAUUGGGCUAUGCUAGCACUACUACUGCCUUCAAAGACUUCCAACAAAGGGGGUGUCACAUAAUCACUCUGACACCCCUCCCUAUACUCUGAAGGAAAAACCAUGACACAUGAGCUCAGGCAACACAAGUCUGUUUGUAGUGUCACCAGUGACUUUGUCCAGCCCUUAAGACACGCCUCCUAGAAUUGAUGAAGUCACAAUGACAUUUUAAAAUCUGUUCUAUAAUCAAAAAUGAUGACUGAAAUAAACCAAAAAUAUAACUGUAUUUGUUUAGCUGUGGCUGUGUAGCUUAAUACCUAAUUAAAAUGGCACUUUAGACAGUGCUCAUCGUUACUUUUCAGAACAAAAUUUAGCGUUCUAUCUAACUAAGCCAUUGCUUGGCAGCUUUUACAUUAUAAAAAGUUUGAACUUUCUCUGUCGUAUUGUGUUUAAUCACCAUUGGCCAAAAAAAAUUGUAUGAAAGCAAUUUUGUUUGCAACAGAUGCAAACUAAUUUGUAGUUUUCUUUGUAAGGAGCAUCAUUUCAUUUAUAUUUAUCAUGGAAGAGAAACCCCUAAAUUCAUAAUAUGAUCUACCAUGUUUCCAGAUCAUUUGUAAAUGACUGUAGUCAUGUCCAAGCUCUGAGGUAAUAUUUGCUGAUUGCAGAUGUUAUUAAAUAUCUUUAAAUAGAUUAGAAUUUUUACAUGAAACAAGCUGCUAAAAUGUAUGAAAUUUGUGAUGUUGAAACUUUUUGUGAAUGUUUUGUAUUGUCUUCAUAUACAGUUUUAAUUUUGUAGAGAUGCCCUAUUUCUGUGUAUAUCUUUUUGAUAGCCAGAUGAAUGAAUCUCUCUCAAUGAUGCCUUAACUGUACCAUGCAGCAUUUAACAUGGUCAGUCCAGUUUCUACCACAAACUUGAAUCAACUGUCUAGAAACCAUUACUGAUAUGUUAACAAGGUGGUUAUCAAAUAAAAAAUUAAUAAAACAACUUGGUUUACAUAAAAAA